CAACUCAAAGCAGACUACACUGAUCCUCUACCAUGUAAGUUUACUUGCAGAAAAUAGUACUGUUUGAUCCGCCCACCCAUUGCGCCUAGGAAAGAUGGCGUCCGCAGAGCCAGAACCCUUGCCACCAAACCAGUCGCAACAAUUCGAAGAACCCAAGCAAACUACCGAUACCAGUCCGCCGGCCGCAUCAAUUGACGAUGGUGUCAAUCAAAAAGGGAAAACGCUGCCGUUUUACCUUGGCUUCUGUGGUCUUUGUUUAAUCAGCUUCAUAUACUCCCUUGACGCUACUACUCUGGCUGUGGCCAUUCCUUCUAUUGCAGAGGACCUUAAUGGAACUACACUACAGUCCUUUUGGGCCAACAUCUCAUACCUCUUGGCCGUAGUCGUCACUCAGCCCUUAUACACCACAAUCUCCGAUGUCUUUGGUCGCAAGCCACCACUCUAUGUUGGAUUCGUAUUUUUCGCCGUGGGGUCUGUGGUUUUUGCCCUUGCACGAAACAUGCCGACCGUGAUCGCGGGCCGCGUGCUACAAGGACUCGGUGGAGGGGGUCUUGACGUCUUGGCUGAAAUUGUCGUGGCAGACCUAACCACAUUACAGGAGCGCCCCUUAUAUCUCGGACUCUUGGCCAUACCUACUGCCAUUGGUAGCAUAUUGGGGCCUACAAUGGGCGCGGUAUGGAGCUCUUUCGUCACCUGGAGAUGGAUCGGUUGGGUCAACCUGCCAAUUCUAGCCGUGUCCUUCGUCUUGGUUUUCUUCUUUCUUCGCCUACGGCCGAUUGGUACAUCAUUUUUUGCCGACAUGAAGCGCCUUGAUUGGGGAGGUAUCGCCCUUAUUGUCGCCGGAACUACAAUCUUCAUUCUCCCCCUCAGCUGGGCUGGCUCGAUAUAUCCUUGGAAAUCAUGGCAAACACUCCUCCCAUUAUUUCUAGGCGCUGCGCUCCUCAUUGCAUUCGGCUUUUAUGAAUCUCUACCCAAAACGCCAGUUUUCCCACUGAAGCUUUUUCACUCGCGCGUGGCACGACUAACACUCUUGGGAAAUUUUGUAUUUGGGGCCAUGCUUUUUGUUGUGCUACAAUACCUUCCCCUGCUUUAUCAAGCAGCUGAGUUAGAGACUGUGAUUGGGUCAGCUGUGACCCUGUUACCUACAAGUAUUCUCAGUGUGGUGUCAGCCGUCUGCGGAGUGGUGCUGGUGGGAGUUGUAGGAAGAGGAUACCGAUGGGCGAUCCGUUUGUUCUGGGUACUCCUAACACUGGGGGUCGGCAUUCUUGGUCUUUUGAAAUUGGAUUUCGACACAUCCAAGUCGAUGCGCAUGGGUCUGCCUGUGCUGUAUGGCGUGGGUGUUGGAGCGCUGAUGCGUCUUCUUCAUCUCCCCAUACAAGCGAGCGUACUUGAUGUCAAUGAUACGGGCCUAGCGAUAGGCCUUCUGUUAUCGUUCCGCCUUAUGGGUGGGCUCGUCGGACUUGCCGUCGGAUCAACCAUCUUCAACAGUGUUUUUGCCUCUUCUAUUAGCACCAUUGGAGAACUUCCGGAUUCCCUUGCUAUCCUGAGGAACGCCAAUGAGGCAAUCGGCUUCAUACCAAAAUUGAGAACUUUAGACAUCCCCCGUUCAAUUCUUGACCCGGUCUUAGAGGCAUAUUUAACGGCUAUGAGAGCAAUUUUCUAUACAAUGGCUGGCUUUGGCGGAGUUGGGCUAGUGACAUCGCUGUUUACGAAGGAUAUUAGUCUUCAAAGAUCGGAACUUGGUCGGCAACGCUUCGAGUAGCAUUCUACAUUAUAGGGAAAUGAGUUGUCUCGUCGGAGAUGGAGGGGUGAGCAUUUCGCCAUUGGGCUUUCCGAGGAAAAGUCGCGUGUUGGCGGCGAGAAGAAGGGUAGUAUCACGGCGGACUUAAUGCUAACAUGCUAAAACCCAUAGUGUUUCCUCCAUGUAUUUCUAUGUAUAGUAUGAAUGCAUGUACUGUGUACGAGGGCUGUGUACAUAAGCAUACCUCGGGAUAUAUUUAUUGUGUUGCACUACCUAGCCAGGUAAUCUUUUCCUGGUUCGGAAAACGUGGCUUAAAGAUUACAUUUGA